AUGGCACCAAGACUUCCCCAAGCGAAGCUCGAAAUGAUUGAGGAUAUGGUCUCGAGUAAAUCACUGACGGUGUCGCAGAUGGCCAAGGCCGCUGAAUGCACAACAAUCUUCGCCGUUUCGGAAAGAGCACCCCCAACUCGCAUCGGCCGAAGACGAAGCAUCACCCCCUCUAUGCUGGAAGCCUUGUGCGAUCACCUCCUCGUAGAGCCUGGGCUAUAUAUAGACGAAAUGGUCGUCUUCUUGUGGGACGAGUUCCGCAUCCAGGUCACCAAUUCUAGCCUUAAGCGGGCUCUUGCCUCGGCUGGUUGGUCAAAGAAAGUGGCUAAGCAAAGAGCAAAGGAACAAAAUGCCGACCUCCGGGACUUCUAUUUGCACAACUUGUCAGACUUCCAGUCUUAUCAAUUGGUUUAUGUAGAUGAGUCUGGAUGCGAUAAACGGAUUGGUUUUAGGCGGACAGGCUGGUCACCGUUAGGUGUAUCACCCUUAUAG